AUGCCUCGAAAGUCCAUUUCUACAUUCUUCAAAGGCCUUCGAUCGAAGAGUCAUGGAAGAAAUGACCCAGCGGGAAGCUCCUUAAACGUGCUUGAUCAUGGAGAGACAGAGAGGGGUCAAUCUUUGCAGCUGAUUAGACACUCCAUCCUUCCACAACCAGGUCGCUCCACAAGUACGACACCACAGCCAUCUACGCUUGUCAUUUUAUCUAAUAAGCUUCAUGAUUCCAAUUCCGACCACCCACAGUCGGGAAACGAGACCAAUACGAUUGCGACCGCUGGUGAUGAGCGACGUGCCCAAAUGUUGGCGAUCAUGCAAUACGGUCAAAACAGAGUCAAGAGGGAAGUCAAGAUCAAGGAAAGUGUAAGAGAAGCUAUGGAGAUCGUGAAUUCGAUGAAAUCAAUAAUAAGUACAGGCAUUCAAGCCGCACCACAGGCCGCUCUUCCGUGGUCUAUUGUGUCUAUGGCCUUAGACAUUGUUCAAAAUCCUGUCAAAGCACAGAAAGAUAAUAUCGAGGGGAUUGCAUACACGACAAAAAGAAUGAAGUGGUAUUGGAGCUUGUCGAGUGAUCUAUUUCAUGGAGAUGGGUGUCUCAGAAAUAAUAACGGCGCCACCGAUACUCAAAACGGCAUACUUUUGCGACUUGUAGGGCUCUACAAAGAGAUCAUUCUAUUUCAAGUCAAAUCAAUUUACAAUUGGAACGAUAGUCUGAAAGAAAUUCGAACACUGGAAUUAGAGUUCCAAAAUGACUAUGCGACAUACAUGACUCUAGAGGAAAAGAUCAACAACUUAGAGCAACAAGAUCGAGAUUGUUUGAGAGACUUAUACAUUACCAAUCCCCGAAAUGAUAAAGAACGCCUUCUGGAUACCAAAGGUGGCCUUUUGCCGGAUUCAUACACCUGGGCAGUCAAGAGUGCCAUGUUCCGACAAUGGCAUACAGAGAAGGAGACAAAUCUACUUUGGAUUAAAGGCAACCCGGGCAAAGGAAAAACAAUGAUGAUUUGCGGGCUCAUUGAAGAGUUAGAGCACAUGGAACCUCACCAAGACCUCCUAUCAUACUUCUUUUGCCAAGGCACAGACCCAAACUUCAACAAUGCCACAGCGGUCUUACGCGGCAUUAUUUAUUCGCUCGCAACCCAAAAGCCAUCGCUCAUUGAGCACGUGCAACAAGCAUACAAAAAUGUCGGCAGUAGAAGCCUUUUCGACGGAAUCAACGCUUGGAUAACGCUGUCAGGUGUAUUUGUUAAAAUGCUACAAGAUCCUGCACUAGAAAAUGCUUGUCUGAUAGUCGACGCACUGGAUGAGUGCGAAUCGGAUCGCAAGAAACUCUUGGAUCUCAUUGUUGGAAGCACUUUGGCUACCCCUCAGGUAAAAUGGAUCCUUUCAAGUCGGAAUUACCCCGAUAUUGAGGCUAAGAUACGUUCAUGUCGAACAAUUGCGGUAAUUGAUCUCGAAAGUAGUGCCACUCUUGUUUCGGAGAGCGUUGAUGCAUACAUUCGUUGUAGAACACGACAAUUGAGCCUAAUUGAGGAUAAUGAAGUGCUUCAGGAGCAAUUACAGCGUGCUAUUUUGCAGAAGUCAAGCGGAACGUUUCUGUGGGCUGCACUCGUGUUCCAAGAGAUCGAAGAGCGCCGCACAUACGAUGAUGACGCCGAACUGCUGCAACUCUUAGACGCAAUGCCUAGCGGAUUAAGCGGCCUAUACGAGAGAAUGAUGAAUCAGAUUAAUCUACUAGUGCGCAGCGAUCAAGAACGUUGUCGCAACAUCUUGGCAACCAUGGUGGCCGCAUAUCAACCAUUAAAUUUAGAGACACUACCAAUAAUGGCUGGACUAAAGGGCCGAUUAACACAAGCUGAACCUCUGAAACUCUUGGUCCGAAUGUGUGGAUCAUUUUUAACUAUUAGAGGAGAUGUCGUUUAUUUCGUUCAUCAAUCAGCAAAAGACUACCUGAUCGGAGAAGGUCGCAAUCGCAUUCUCCCCUCGGGAAGUGAAACUAUCCACCGAGACAUGUUCAACCGCUCACUGGAGGCCAUGUCAAAGCCUGGAAAACUGCGACCAAACAUAUACUCUCUGCCAUAUCCUGGUGUCAAAAUACACGAGAUAUCCCUACCGCAGCCAGAUCCUCUUGCAAGCAUUAUGUAUUGUUGCAUGCACUGGCUUCAACAUUUUUGUGACGGCGUCAACAAAAUUUUCGAUUUCCUCAAGCUACAUUUCCUUCACUGGAUUGAGGCGUUGAGCUUGUCACAGAAUUUGGAGGCCGGAGUCGUCUCUUUGCAAAAUUUGAUUAACUUGUUGACGGUGUAUAUUUCUGCCAUUAUUUUCGCCCCUAUGAAGAGCUAUAUACGACUUCACUUCAAAGACGCAAUCUCAUGGAUCAAGACUUUGCCCCAGGUCGAAAAUAAUUGGAGCCCCUGUCAAUACACUUUGUAUUGUGGUCAAAUGACAGACGCGGUUUUCUCAAACGACACAUCUCAAUUAAUUACACUAUCUCCGGAUGGGAAAGUGAAGAUAUGGGAGAGUACGACGGGGAAAUUAAUACCUGAUCUUGGUUCAGAGUUUGAGGGGCCACCUCAUUAUAUGCACCCUAAUUGGUUCACAUUAUCGAACGAUGCCAAACUUCUUGCCAUCUUAGAUCUUCCGACAAUCACAGUAUGGGAUGUAGAGUCUGGGAAACAGGUUCAAGAAUUUAAAGCCCCAAGGUACACGUACCACUUCAAGGCCUUUACAGCGUUCUCACUCGACUGCAUGUUUCUGGCUGUUACACAUGAUACAUUUUUCCAAAUUUGGGAAUUAGCUACACGCAAAAUGGUUCAUGAGACUUUACACCAAGAGCACCUCUCACAGGUGAUACUAUCGCAAGACUUCAAGUUAGCGGCUUGGGAAACUACUGACAGCAUCUUAAUAUCCAAUGUAGCUACAGGAGAGAAGAUUUAUGAGCUCUCAAGCAAGUUUCAGCCAAUACGCUUCUCCAAUAAUUCAUCAUAUCUUGUCGCAACGGACUGUAGGUCCCCAUAUCGAGAGACGUCACUCCAAGUUUGGCCCAUCUCGUCAGGCGAAGAAAUCAUAAGACAUACAUCUAGAGGGCCUCUAGAAGUAUUCAGAUCUAUUGCUUUUUCGGACGACAGCAAAUUCCUGGCGUUUGGACAAAGUGGUGGAAAUAUUAAUAUUUGGAACCUCGAAGAGAAAGCCAUGAUACAAUCGUAUAUUGGCCAUAUAGAUGCUGUUUCAUCAAUCGCAUUUUCAAGAGACGCCAGACUUUUGGUGUCUGGAUCUAUGGAUCGAACUGUGAAAGUCUGGAAGACAGAUUUUGACAGCAUCGACCGCCAACCACAGAGUGAAUUGGACAAGACCUAUAGUAAGAUCAACGCUGUGACCUUGUCGACGGAUGGGGAACUUACCGCGACAUUAUCUGGAGAGAAAAUCAGAUUUUGGAGCACACAGCAAUCUCCACAUAUUCAAACAAUCUGGCAAUCUAAAAAUCUUAUCACCGAGUCUUUCAAUUACCUCAGGGCAACUACGCUUGCAAUAUCCAAAGACUCCAGGCUUGUUGUUAGUGUGCAUAUAUUCCGUGAAGAUACUGAUGAUCCGCUAUCCAUUGGCAUGAGUAUCUGGAGCAUCGAUUUAGAUUCGCCGGCUACCGACACCUUCCAGGUAGAAGAUGAUUCAGAAAUUGUUGCAGUGGCGUUCUCACCUAAUGCGGAAUUCUUGGCUGCAGCAUACCAUGCAGUAUACUAUGGUGAGAAAAGGUGUACUGUCAUUAUCUGGAAAGUCGAGUCACGGGAAAGGGUGUACCAGCGCGCUGUGUCUACUACUGUUCCCGCUGCAACCCGAUUUUUUGUUGAUGAUGCGUAUUUAUACGUCGUCACGGAUAUCGAAUGCUAUAGAUUGAAGGAGCCGACGGGAAACCUUCCCGAACAUGGCGAUCGAUAUCUCAUACCUGCUGAUAAGGUUGACAUCGGUUACUCUAUUAAUUCAUCAAAAGACUGGAUUGCAUGGAACGGGAAGGACAUGAUAUGGCUACCGGGAGAUUUUCGUCCAUCAAGCACAGGUGCGUUUUCUGCACGGAUCGCGGAAGUCGCGCUGGCAACUGCAUUGGGAAGCCUUAUUACAAUGAAUUUCGAGGAGCCUCCAUCUGAAGAUGAGGAUUGGACUCCCUGGAAGUCAUCCGGAUUUCUCUAG